AUGAAGUCUCAGCCGCUGGCUCGCCAAUCUUUCGACGAUAUCCCCACGUCGGCGAUGAACUCUAGGUUGAAACUGGACACAUCCUACUCUCCAGUUGGCUCGCCGUCGGAUAUCGGCAGUCCAGGCCACGUUAUUCCGAUGCUCCCAAACGGUCAUCCAGGCAGUGCUGGUAGCAGUGUAGGGUCGGGAAUAGACGCAGUCGUUAGAGGAACGGUGUGUGUCGGUAAAGACGUCUUGAGCGGAAUCACCAGUGUUAGAAGUCCGUUGGUCAUGCCGGCGAAGCGGGCAAAUACAGAUCUCCUAAAGUUCGACGAAGCGGACGAAAUGUUCAUGGCCGACGACCUGGAUCACGAGGAGAGGGCGGCCACGAUUGGUCCAGGCGCGUGGGCGAGUUCAUCCGGACAUGGCUUCACGUUGAUGACAGAUAGCGGGCUGACUAUGACCGGUACAGCGGCCCAGCCCUUGAACACGACGGAGGCUACGUGGAUCGAUCAGUGA